AUGGCAAGUGCCCUCCCGCGCCGCAUCAUCAAGGAAACCCAGCGGCUGCUAGCAGAGCCUGUUGCUGGAAUUAGCGCUACGCCAUAUGAAGACAAUCUCCGUUACUUUCAAGUGGUGAUUGCCGGUCCACAGUCGUCACCCUAUGAGAAUGGAAUCUUUAAACUCGAGCUCUUUCUACCGGCGGAUUACCCCAUGGCGCCACCUAAAGUGCGCUUCCUGACGCGUAUCUACCACCCCAACAUUGACAAGCUCGGUCGGAUCUGUCUUGACAUCCUCAAGGACAAGUGGUCACCUGCCCUGCAGAUCCGCACGGUGCUGCUGAGCAUCCAGGCACUGCUGUCGGCCCCCAACCCGGAUGACCCGCUGGCCAAUGACGUCGCGGACCAUUGGAAAACGGACGAGGCUGGUGCUGUGCAAAUGGCUGCGGAAUGGACGCGUCGUUACGCUUGA